AUGCACCAUGUCUCCCCGGCACCAGCGCUGACCAUGAUGGCCACCCAGACCGUGCCCCCUCCUCCCUACCAAGACACCCCGCAGAUGACAGCCACAGCCCAGCAGCCCAGCAAGGCACAACCUGUGCACCUUGCCACGCCUGCCACAGCUACCAGCACUCCGGUUCCUGCCACGGCUGCUGACCCCCAGGCGCAGCUGGAGGCUGACAAGCGAGCUGUCUACAGACCACCCAUCCGGGAUGAAGAGGUAGAUGAAGUAUUCUACAAACAGCUGGAGGUCAUCUCAAGAUCUCCACCCCUUGUUCUUGAGAUGCUGCAGAGCUCCCCAGCAGCGCUGCCGCCCACCUCCAACCCGCCCCCGGGCAUCGUGGUGCCAGCAGCAGCACUGCCCCCGGGGAACUUAGCCAUGAGCGCCAGCAGCGGCUCGCCUGCUGUGGCAGGCGGAGCCUUGUACCAGCCUGUGACGAUGGUGACAUCGCAGGGCCAGGUCCUUGCCCAAGCCAUCACCCCUGGUGCCCUGCAGAUCCCCAACACCCAGGUCAACCUGGAUCUCACCUCCCUCCUUGAUGGUGAGGACAAGAAGUCCAAGAACAAACGAGGUGUCCUGCCCAAACAUGCCACCAACAUCAUGCGCUCCUGGCUCUUCCAGCACCUCAUGCAUCCCUACCCCACAGAGGAUGAGAAGAGGCAAAUCGCUGCCCAAACCAACCUGACCCUCUUGCAAGUUAACAACUGGUUCAUCAACGCUCGCCGGCGCAUCCUGCAGCCCAUGCUGGAUGCCAGCAACCCGGACCCAGCCCCCAAAGCCAAGAAGAUCAAAUCCCAGCACAGACCCACACAGCGCUUCUGGCCAAACUCCAUUGCCGCUGGCGUCCUGCAGCAGCAGGGUGGCAACUCGGGGACAAACCCUGAUGGCUCGCUCAGCAUGGACAACCUGCAGCCCCUCUCGUCUGCCACGGCCACCAUAGCCAUGCAGCAGGCCAUGCUGGCUGCCCAUGACGACUCCCUCGAUGGCACCGAGGAAGAGGAGGAGGAGGAUGAGGAGGAUGAGGAGGAGAUGGAGGAGGAGGAAGAGGAGGAAGAAGAGCUGGAGGAAGAGCCUGGUGGCCUCCCAGCAGCACCCAGCAACGACCUCAGCUUGGAACACAGUGACUCACUGGAGUAG